AUGGCGCCCGUCGAGCCCGAAGCCGCGGCGCGCAACAACAUCUUCGCAUACGCACCCUUUGGUGGUCAAAUCGCGCUCGUCGUUGGACUUACGGCACAUGUCCUCCUCGUUGCGCGUCGCGCUGCCAAAUCGUUGCCUCCUACCUCUUCGACGCGCUCCCAGCAGCCAUUGCGCCGUCGGUAUGCCAUCAUUUUCUCCACUCUGGCGGCACUGUCACUGGCUUCUGUGACAACGUUCGCUGUGAUCUGGCGCGCCAUGUCAUACGUGGACUGGCUUCAAACGGGCACAUCCAAUACCAAAGACGGACGUUGGUAUCUGGGAGAUUGGGUCUAUGAUGUCGAUCUGCAUGCGCAGUCAGACGCCGUGGCCGUGAGCAAGCCGGAAGGCUUCUUGUACACAUGUCAGCAUUUCGUUGGGCUUCUUGCAUCUUCCAUAUUCUUCGGUAUCGAAGAACAACAUGAAGUGUACUCACCCCUUGUUUUCUAG